AUGGAAUCGAACAUCCCUCCCGCACUUUCGCCGUCGCGGACGGAGCUCGCAAAGCGUGCCGGCAGGUAUCGCAUGCUGGCGUCGCUCAUGUCCUUCCUGGACCGGUACCUGUCGUUCCCAUUCCCUCCGCGCGCCUGCCUAAACAUCUCCAUUCCGUCAACGCUCAGCAAGACGCCCGGCUCCAUCCAGCUCUAUUUUUACACGGCCCCGGGAAAAGGACUCUCCCCCGAACGAACCGAACCCCAAGCUCCCAAACGACCUGUUCUCAUCAACUUCCACGGCGGCGGCUUCACGAUCGGUCACGCGGUGGAUGACGCACGCUGGUUCAGAGAUGUCCUGCAGGCAUACCCAGAUGCCGUGGUCGUGAGCGUCGGAUAUCGACUCGCGCCCGAAUAUCCGUUCCCUACCGCGAUCGAAGAUGGCGUCGACGCCGUACUGUGGUUGUGUGACCACGCCGAACAACAUGAUCUCGACCCCACACGCUUCGUGAUCAGCGGCGAUAGUGCUGGAGGGAAUUUGGCCAUGACGGUGCCGCUGAUGCUAUACAAUCAUCGAGUGAAACAAGCUCAAAGCUCCGGCCAACACCCGCAGACCAGAUUGGCCGGGAUUAUUGGUUUUUAUCCUCCGACGGAUUGGACCCGGACCCGCGAACAGCGAAACGCGACGAACCCAAUCGCCGCCCAGAAAUCCAUGAUCAAGCCGGAUGUCUACAAACUCUUCGACGACUCUUAUUUACUCCCGGAAAGUAUACCUAGGCAGCAUGGGACGGAAGAUGUCGACAUGUCCCAUCCUUAUCUCUCACCAGGUCUUACCCCAACGUCACUCCUGCUGGCUGCGUAUCCGCCAGCCGUGGCGAUCUAUACCUGUGGCUGGGACCCGCUGCUGGUGGAAGGUAAUACAUUCCGUGAGCGACUGCGUCAGCUAGCGGUCGAGGGACAGAUGGCGCAUGUGGGUGGGAUGGUGGUUGAAGAUGUCAUCCAUGGUUUUGAUAAAAAGCCUUCCUUUAUAAUGGGUAAUAAGAUCCGCGAUCGCAUGUACGGUGAUGCAGUUAGGCAGUUGGGAAUCAUGUGGGAUGGGAUGGCAUCGGAUGACUGA